AAAAAAAAAAAGAAACACAGCACUCCCCAAAACGAUGGCACAGGGAUUCAAGAGCAAGAAGACGACGACGACUCCCAAAAACAACCGCCAUAAGGCUCAGCCGGUCAAGAAGGGCGGCCGAAACAUCCCUCCCAACAAACCAGCGGCGGUGACUCAGAAACUGAGGAAAGAGAAAGUAUCAAAGAGUGUGACGGGAGACAUCGAGCAAAUGGUGGUCUCGAAAUCGGUCGGAAAACUGACGAUCAUGAAGCAUCUCAAGGAGGCUGAGAAGACCUCGAAUUCCAAAGCUGCCAAGUAAUCUGGAAGAAGAGACCCAAUCCAUGCCCCACCCCAAUCACUGCCAUCCAAGCUGGGCUCCUUUGUAGACCAGCUAGAACGGCCCUAGUAUCGCCCCAGGAUGGACUCAUCCACACACACACACCCAUCCGUGGACUCGUCUACUCCUCUCAUAAUAUUCUCAUUUCUGAGCUCUUGUCCCCUCUCCAACAGCGUAUACCAAUCGAUUGUACCAAUCGUGUUGCAUCUGCAGGAGUGGAUAAGCUGAGGAAGUCCUUUAGGGAACAGUAGAGGCUGACCGACAUGACUUGCAUUCGAUGAAGAAGGCUCUGCCACUCCCCUUCGGAGGAUUAUUCGGUUGUUCAACGUAUGUACCGGUUAAUCCAACAGAAUAAAAUGAAUCAUCAUCACUCGAGA